AGGAAAGUUUUGUGAAACAGCACAGCUAAAAUACCGAAUUAAAAAGUAAGCCACGGUGGAAGAGUUUAAAAACAUUUGCUAAUGGGUAGUCGGCAGUAACGUAAGCAAACUUUAAAAUGUCUUUCUUGAACUUUCCGCUGUCUUUUUAAUAACGUAACGAAAGCCGAGUGACCAACCGUCCGUCCGUUGGUUGGAGGAAACGUUGCUCCCCGUUCGAAUGUCCAGUGCAGAGCUGAGGACAUGUCAACAACAGCGACUCAACAGAGGAGCGACUAAAACCCUGCAUUCUCAAUGAAAGAAAAUAAAAUGAAGUCCAGACGCACCCAGAGGCACAUCAAACCCAGUUUACAAGAGAAACCUGUUGUUGACAAGUCAUCGUUGACCCUGGCCAAGCCAAAAUCAUGUGUGUCAUAUCCUGCACAAGCCAAACCUUUCAUUGGGAAAGUGUUUUAUCUGGACCUUCCAUCAAACAGAAAAGCAGAGUCACUGGAGAAUGACAUAAAAGACCUUGGAGGGACUGUUGAGAAGUUCUUCAGUAAGGAAAUAAAGUAUCUGGUAUCUAACAAGAGGGAAGCCAAGUAUGCACAGUGCCUCAGGCGUGACUCGCCUGUCCCCAGCCCUGACUCCGGACACAGUUCACCUCAUCCUCACCUGAACACACACCGACCACGGAGCCAGACGGACAAACUGAAAUGCCGGACUCAGGGCCAAACAGAUACUUUUGCUACAAGUCGAGGGAAGUCUCUGGUGGAGAAAGUGGUGAAAGAGCAGGAGAGGAUACAAAUGGACAAGAUUCUGUCAAAUGCUCUGGAGUGGGGUGUGAAAAUCCUCUACGUAGAUGAUAUAAAAGCGUAUGUUGAAAAGAAGAAAAAGAAUGUCACCAGUCAGUGUACUGUACCUGCUGCUGUCCAACACAGUGCCAAACCCAAUUCCACAGUAAGGCAAGGCUUUCAGAAAUGUAAAGUGGGGCGGAUCAGUAAACCUUUUGUAAAGGUUGAAGAUUCAAGCAGACACUACCGUCCAAUCUAUCUCGCUAUGACAAACAUGCCUGAGUUUAACCUGAGGACGGUCGCUCCCUGUAGCCCCUUUUUUGUAAAGGACAAGGAUCAUUCUGGGAAGAGACAGAGGGGAGACAGAGGGGCGACAGACAGCAAUGAGAGGGGCCGAGGCAGAGCCAAGAAGAACAGAGACAAGAAACGAGGAGGCUACUGCGAGUGCUGCAAGCUCAAAUAUGACAACCUCACACUGCAUCUAAAGAGUCAGUGUCACAAGGCCUUCUCCAAGAGUGAUGAGUAUUUGAUGGUGGACAAACUGGUGUCAACAUUGCAUUGCAACUUCAUCAAUGUCAAAACUAAAGCUAACAGGCCAAAGUGCAGUGUAUCCUCUGUUGUUAUCACUGGGCCAUGUGGAAAAAUUGAGCAAAGGCAUGAGGGAGAUAUUGAUACUACAGAGGCAAAAGAGGAGCAGCAAAGCCUGUGGGCUGACUCUGAAUGUGGAGAAUUUUCUUUAGGACACUCUUUAUUAAAACACAGUUCAGCUCCUGGCUCUGCUCCUGUGAUCCACGGUGAGGCUGACAGCAGGAACUGUGCCUCAGAGCGGUACCAGGACAAGCACAAAUCUCUCGCGCGUAAACGGCCUUGCAGGCAUGAUGAUACCAUGAAUACCGGCACAUUCACAGCUGAGAUGGUUCAGACAUCUAUAAAGGCAGAAACAGCCCCCUCUAGAGGUGUAUCUUUCACCUCCAAUCCAGCCUUUCAGGCAGACCCAAAGGAUCAAAGAACUCACAGAGACAAGAAAUGCUCAACCUCCCACAGUCACAAAGAUGACUUACAGAAUGAAUUUCCUUCAAAUAGCCUUAAUGGUGCCUCAAGCCGGCGUCAAGUGUCUAUCAAGACUGAGGAUUCUUCACUGAAGGAGUCUCUUCAGGACGAACACAUUGUGCCAAAGGGAAUGACUGGUGUCUUAGAAAGGGAAGGAGGCAACUUUCCUACACAAAGCCACUCUCCAGUGCGGACAAUACAGAGGCGGGUCAGAGUUUACAAACGGAAAAGACGGAAAGUGGACUUAAGGGACUUUCCUGAAAACUCUUUACUGGAGCUUUGGCAGCUUUUCCAGUCUAGUGAGGACACGGACACUGAAUUUCUGGGGUUUGCGGACUAAGGAGUGAUAAGGAACUAAUGGAGCAAAUAGAUUAGAAUACAUAGAUUUUUUCCCCCUCUUCAUUAAUUUUUGCCAGUACCAUAAUCCCACAACUUUCUGAUCCCUGGGCGGUGCAAGCCAAUAGAUUCUUCUUGUCUGCAGAAACAGGUUUAAAGAAGACAGAAUAACCUGUACCGGCUUUUAGCUUUUUUUUUUUUUUUUUUUUUUUUUUUUAAUGUUGAAAAAUCCAUUUUCUCUCUGUUUCUUAUUUAGGAACAAAAAGGCAGCUGGUGAUGUUCUUACAGCACUGUAUAAUUUUUUUUUUUUUAAAUUUACAAAAAAUUGUUAGAAUAACAAAUGAAAUAUAUAACUUCGCCUUUACAGUGGUUUAUAAAGUAUCCCUCCCCCCUUUUCACAUUUUCUUGGGCUGCAAAAAUUGGUUCUAAAUGCCUUUCUUUGGCAUUUUGAUCUAAACUUUACACAAAGUGCCCUUACCAUUUCAAUGAUGGAGAAGCUUAACUGUCUAACUCCGCCUCUCUUUAUGUGCAUCUCCUGUGUGAUUAUAAUGUUUAAUAAGGGAUAAUGCCCUUCAGCUGGAUCCACCCCAUCAGUAUACCUCAUGAAAUGUUUAUGUUUCCCUGAUCUUUUGUACCUUCAUUGUUGUUUGAAAUUCCUUUUUGCUAUUUACUUACUUUGGCUAUUUCGCCUCAGUAUCGUCCUAUAACAUUCCAUUCUUCAUGUUUAGACAGAGGUGAGACAUUUGUUUUCAGACUUGCUAUAGUUUUGAGCUGGGAACUGAUGAUAAAAUGCACAGCUAUUGCAACCCCUCUAUACUUUACAUAAAGUAAUUUAUGUAUUGUAGCUCUUUUUUUCUGGACAACUGGAUCAUAGGCUACUACUGAGGAAGACAACCCCAACACUCUAAACUUUCAUCAUGAAUUGUCAAAGGCAAAUAACUGGAAAGGGUACUUUGUGAUGAUAUAAAACCAAAAGUCUCUCAAACAAAUGGACUUUGAAUUAAUUUUGUAGCAGAAAAGUGUGCCCAAAGCCAUGGCUAUGACUAACUUUCCUAUCCACUACAAACUGUUACAGUGUGUUGAUGAACCUCAGUAAAAGUGUUGAAUUUAAUUGUUUACAGUGUUAGUGUACACAGUCUUACAUUAUAUAUCUCAAUGCCCUAAAGUUUGGAAGAGGUGGAGGGAGAUGCAACAAUACCUGUCUCAGUGGAAGUGUUUGAGCCAAAGUACAGUAGUGUGGGGGAAAAAAGAAGACAAACACAGGAAAAUGAUUGUUAUGUAUUUUAAUAUCACCUGAGCUGCAGGUUUUAUUUGUGGUACUUGGUAUUAGGAUAAGAUACGUCCUAAGUGCAGUUUUCAUUACCUGCACAUAUAUGUUUGUCUGAUGCAUUUGCUAUGAUGUGUUGGCACUACAUCUCAAAAAAGGAUCUAUA